GUAAUAGCUUUCUAUGUAUAGUUAGCAGUUGGUGUGUGUUGUACAAUGUCUGGUGAAGUGAAGCAGAGGAAGAAGGGGGGCUCCCCAACCUCCAAGGAAGCGAAGGAUACCCAGCGGAGUGGUACUGCUGCAGGACAGCGGGCAAACGAUGACAAUCCUGGAAAGCUGGUGGCAGCCUCGUCGGUGUCUGCAAGUCGGUCCAUGUGCCCUGAUGUCAGGACCCUGCUGUGCUGCUUGUGUCUGGCACUCUGUGCAACUUUGACAUGGAUGGUAUUUCAGCAGUCGCAAAACUUUACCCUUCUUGAACAGAAGUACCAGUCCCUGCAGUCCCGAUCGUCUGCGCUAGAAGACCUGGAAGCUAAAGUUGGAGACAUUUUUGGGAAGCUCGUGUCCACUGACGACUCACUAGCAGAAGCUACAGCAUCAUCUUCCCUAGUAAACAACUUACAGCAACAAAUAUCUAGUCUACAUAAUGACAUAGAUCACAUUCAAUUCAAUGAGCAGGAACUUUCCAAAAUGAUGCAGAACGUCAACAUCAAGUUCCAAAAUGUCACAGAUACGUGGAAGAAAAACCUGGAUGACAUGAACAUGGAAACUAACUCGAUAAAGACUGAGACCAAGUCUUUUCAUCAGCAGAUGACUCUAAAGGUUAACUCUGCUGACCAGACCCUAAAAGUUAUUUCUGAAAAACUUAAAGAGUUUGAAGAGAGUACACCAAGGAACUUUAGAACUGUAAAAAGACAAGAAGAUGAAGAUCUUCAACGUAUCACUGAUGUUUUGGACUAUGAUGCCAAGGCUAUUCAGGAUCUGAUAAAGCAGCAGAAUGAGUUGGCCAACAUGGACCAAGAAGUCCUGAAAAACAUAGUCCAGUUUGAGCCCAAAUUGGCCGAGUGUGUCGGCCAUUUGCCAGUUAUUGAUAACGCUGUUGGCUCUCUACUCAAGGUCUCCAACGAGAUGCAUGACCUUGACAAAAAGAUCAACGAGUUGACCGUACAGGUGUUUAAUACAGAGGACAAUUUGUUGAAAAUAAUCUCGGAGACUUUAGAGAUCCAGCAUGCUCUGGAGAGUAUGAAGUAUGACAACAGUAUCCUAAAACUGCAAAAUGAAAUCUCAGUUUUGAAGGAGAGAACAGAAACGUUAUCUUCAACGAAUGAAAAGUCAGUGUCAGAAAGAGACACAAUUGACUGAACAUUUUCUGA